GAGAGUAGCUUUUGUUUGCCUUUAUAAGUAAAGCUUCAAAAAGAAAUAUAUAUUUUUUCUAAAAAGAAAAAGAAAAGUUCACUCUUUUGCUCUCUUUUAUCUUUCUUUUUUCUUUCAAUCUCUUUGACGUUCUUUAUGCUGCUAUAUUUUUAUAUGGGUAUUUCAAUAGCUAUUCUUCACAGUUUGCAGCUGUUAUUUUGAUACGCUAAAAUGAACAACAGCAGCAGUAUUACUAGUAACAAUAUGCCUCAGUCUAAAGAUCCAGCUUUUAAGCUCUUUGGUAGAAAGAUUCCGGUACCUGAUACCCAGAUUCCGGCCAAACCAGAGUUCAAGAACAGUUGCAAUGAUAGCAUAAAAGGAGAAACUGAUAUCUAUGAUGAAGACAACACAGGAGAGCAAGAUAAGUUAUCUGCUACAGGACAAACUAAGGAAGAAAGGCAAACCCCUAAGCAAGUGAAUGAAGAAGCACAAUCUGGACCCAAGGAUGACCAGGUGGAGACCAAUAGCACUGACCAAGAAAAAGUUUUCAAGAAGCCAGAUAAGAUUCUACCUUGUCCACGAUGUAACAGUUUAGACACUAAAUUCUGUUACUUCAACAACUAUAAUGUCAACCAACCUAGACAUUUCUGCAAAAAUUGCCAGAGAUAUUGGACGGCUGGUGGAACAAUGAGAAAUGUCCCUAUUGGUGCUGGGCGGCGGAAAAAUAAGCACUUAGCCUCUCAGUACCGUCAGAUACUAGUAUCUUCUGAUGGGGUGCCAAUUACCAGAAUAGAGAACUCAGAGUCCACCAAUCAUCAACUUAUAUCAUCUGUUGAAUCUGCAACCACUUUGAGGCCUUCAACAACGGGAAAUGAAGUGGUGCUAAAAUUUGGUUCUGAAGCACCACUUUGUGAAUCCAUGGAGACAGUACUUAAUCUUGGAGACCAAAAGAGAUAUGCUGAAAUGAGUUCUGCCAAUUGUCGGGAUAAUGGAGAGGAACCAUCUUCCUGUGGAUCCUCCAUGACAUCAUCCAGUUGUCGGGGAAAUGAAUUACCUGAAACUGUUACUCAAAAGGAGCUGGUUGGCGUGCCGGGAUCUACUAAUGAGCUCAAUGUGCCACAUUCUCUGCACUGUUACCCUGUUCCUCCAUGGGUUUUCCCCUGGAACCCAAAUUGGAACAAUGCAACUUCCAUUACAACAGCUCAGCACUCCACUGGGCAGCCUUGCAUGCCAAAUAGCAAUAACUCCAAUCAAGUUCAAUGGUGCCCUACACCGAUACUGGCAGUUCCAAGCUUUUGUCCACCUAGCAUUCCUUUACAACUUGUACCAGCUUCAUAUUUAGGUUGCAUGCCUGUGUGGGGUGCUGGAGCAGGAAAUAUCUCUGUUAAUGGAUCUAAUGGUUGCUCUUCCCCAUCGUCAUCUACUAGCACAAGCUGCUGCUCUGGAAAUGGCUCACCUAAGUUAGGGAAGCAUUCUAGAGAUGCAAAUCUUAUGGGCGAAGAGCAAGUAGAGAACUGUGUAUUGGUUCCAAAGACACUGAGAAUCGAUGACCCAAAUGAGGCUUCAAAGAGUCCUUUAUGGGCCACCUUAGGUCUUAAACUUGACCAGAAGAAUCCUGCAUCAAAAGGUACCAUCUUUAAAACUUCUGAAACCAAAGAAGAAGGAAAGGGCCAUGUUCCUGAAUCCGCUCAUAUACUGGAGGCAAACCCAGCAGCUCUUUCUCGCUCUACUACAUUCCAGGAGAGCAGUUAAAGGGUCUUUGUUGAAAUUCUCACUCGAUAACUUUAGCCAUGCAAUCUUUCCCUAUAAAUGUAAAGGGGACUAAGUUUUUCAAAGAGAAAAUGUGGCGUCAUCUGUCUUUUAGAAAUGGUAUUUUUAUUUUCCGACUCAUUUAAGCUCUUGGGAAGUCAAAUUUCGAAUCAUAAUUAACAGUGCUGUCCGCAUAUCUUUCCAAAAGAACUCACAUUGUAAAUAUCUGAGGAUCUUUCGCAAGUGGUUUAUGAUCUGCUGCCUCUUACAGGUUUCAGUUUGUGGGCACGCAGCGUCUCUUCCGCUUUUGAGUUGGCAGAAAAAUAAGAGGAAGUUCUGCUGAAUAUUGUACUUAAUUCAAAACUAUGUCCAGUUACAAGGCUAACCCAGGUUUUACCGAGUUCAAAUUUACAUACUUGAUUGUAUACUUCAAACAUGAAAUUUGAAGUAUUUAUUUUCUUAGUUCUUUUAAUACAAGUUUCUUGAAUUCUUGUCUUUCA